AUGCCGCUGGCCAUGCGAUUACUGGAGGUCUUAACGGCUAUGUGUGCCUCUCUAGGUAGUUGGCUGUUACCGUUUAUCAGACAAGCUGCCAGAGGUGCGCCCUCUAAAUACACGAUAUCAAAUCAGAAGCUGUCUCCUAUUGCUAUCCUUAACAAGAAAACCCUGGGCAGGCUUCAAGAGCAACUCAUGGCUAAUCCAGAACUUGAUUUGCUUUCUAUUUUCCCAUCAGAUUAUCGUCGCCAAAUGCAGCUAGCCCUUUCGCAACAACCGCGUCUUAAAAUAAGUCCUGCUGAAAUAAAAUCACCUCCAGAUUUUCGCGACAAUCUUAGUGGUGUUGAUAGGGCUGAAGUUGUGUUUCCCCUUUCUGAAAGAGUGACCGAAUUGCUCAAGCAGUAUUCCCUGCCAGAAGGCUUUGACAAUCCAGAGCAAACGCUGCUACACUCUUUGAAGCAAUUGUUAUGGAAGUCACCAAAACUCUGGGAGAAUGUUGUAAGGGGUAUUGUUGUAAAAUGCAGUGAUGAUAUUGUUAUCAAAUUGCUGUCACAACGUAUCCCAGAGUACACUGAGUAUACUACGCUACAAUAUCUUGCAGAAAGGUUACCAGAUAUCCCUGUUCCUCGUCCUCACGGCCUUAUUAGAUGUGGCCGGUAUACUGUCAUAUUCAUGUCCUAUAUUCCGUGCAUGACGUUAACACAGGCGUGGCCAAAGCUCAGCCACGAAGCCAAACUGUCAGUACAACACCAAUUAGACGAUAUUCUUAAUAAGCUUCGUACCUUAAGACAAGAGGAUGGCCUGCCGCUAGGCGGUGUACGCGGCGAAGGCGUCAAGUAUCAACACUGGGACGUUGUGCCAUAUCAGGAAGCCAUAAACUCAGCUGCUGCAUUUGACGAUUUUCGAUUCUCGAUUCCCCAUCGCGGAAGUAAAUCGUAUAUUCGGCUUUUGAGAAGUCUUUGGCGUUUGCCGACAAAAGGCUCUGUUUUCACUCAUGGAGAUAUUCGGCGAGACAAUGUGAUUAUAGAAAUGGGGGUAGACAAUACGUGCCGUGUGACUGGGCUUAUUGACUGGGAAGACAGUGGUUACUAUCCGGAGUAUUUUGAAUGUAUGUCGUCAACGAUCACUUUGAGCUCAACUGAGGACACCGAUUGGUAUGACUAUUUCCCGCCUUGCAUUUCCCCUUCGAAUUUCCCUGUGCCUUGGCUUAUUGAUCGCUUUUGGAACCAUCAUAUGGGACAUUGGAGAACUCCAACCAAAUAA